AUGAAUGAUGUCUGUUUGCCGGUAACGAUUGAUGUUUAUCAGUCUAGCUUUACCCCGGAUCCCAACUGGAUCGCAGGAGCCUUUUUUCUGGGUCUGAUUCUUGGAAUACUUUUCGCCGCACUGUGUGUAAAACUGUGCCUCAAAGACUGGGAAAAGAAAAAGCGUCAAGAUAUGGAAGAAGCCAUGAUAGCAGGUGGAACUUUAGAUGCAGUUGUUACCCCAGGAUAUGAUGGCACUGAAAAAAUAAUUGAAGGGAAACACAAGGUUAGGAAGAAGAGUUCUCGGUUCAGCCGAAAGAGCGCCCGGUUGAGAGAUGAGGAUGAAUCACUGGCCGAUGUCCAGGUGGACUCAGCUCUCAGUCGGGGGAUGGUGGACAUCCUCGUACAGACCACCAGUGCUGGUUCUAAUGGAGAAAUGGUUGAUCAAGACAUGGACUUCAUCAUCAGUAUGGAAAAAGAUUUACAAGAAGAAAAAGAAACGCUGAUGGUGACGACGCUGGACAAUUUGUUGCGGAAACAAGUGGACAAGAAGAACAUAAGUGAACAGUUCUACCAGAUCUUUAUGAAGAAGACCAAAGAAGAUGUGAAUGAUCUGAGAAACAUUGUCGACCGAGAGAAAGAAGAAGCUGAAGAGAAACUGAGAAAUGAUCCCAAAUUAAGUAAAGAUCCCGAGAAGCUUGAAAGUGAACUGCAGAAGUUGCAGACUCUGGGAAACAACAAGCUGGCCAAGUUACAGCGUGAACAGCGUGAGAAGAUACGACAAGACCUUAUAAGGACAUCUGGCAUGUCUGAGGCUGAGGCACAAGCUUUGAUAGACAAGCUAAUGAAAAACAUGGCUGCCCUGGAGGAGAAACUCGGAUCUGAACAGGCUCGACGGAGAAGAAAUCUUGAAGAACGUCUUGCCCGCCGGCGCCAGAUGGUUGAGUACAAGAAGCUGCUGGAGGACGCGGAGAACGAGGAAGUGAAGAACCGCGUCGUCACGCUCGACCAACUCCUCACGCAGCAGGUCGGCGAGGGCAAGGUCACUGAGAAGAACAAGGAGGAGAUUCUCCACAAGUUCAUCAUACACAUCAAACACUACAAGCAGAAGACCAAGGAAAAUUACACUAAAGAACGAGAAAGUAUGUUGGAGAAACUCCGUCAGCGCAGGUUAAAGCGAAUGCAGAAACUGCUAGACAAGCAAGCCAAGGAAAGAGCUAUGCAUCAGCAGUUGGCUACUCGGGGCACCAGUACUGGAGACUUUGUAAAGGACUACCACGAUCUGCUGGUUCGGCAGCAUGUUGAGUUGGAAGAGGUCUCUACGGAACUGGAUCAGUCUGAAGUGCAGGAGAUGGAUAAACUAAUGAAGGAUCAUCAGGAACAACUGAAGUCAGGUUUGAAUGAGGAAGACAAAACGUUUAUUCCUGAGAUUCAGUCCCAGACAAACCUGAAUGAACGAGAAGUAGAGCACAUCAUGGCACUUCACCACAAACAUAUACAGGCUUUGGAUGUCCGCAAAGAAAAUGAGAAACAGGCCAUGUUGAACAAGUUACAAGACCGACUAAAACAACGAUUACAGGCUAUAGAAGUGCGUGAGCAGCAGGAGGCGGUGGAGAUGGAGACGCUGGUCGAGCAGCAGACGUCGGUUCUUAACAAAGUCUUGGAGUCCAACAUGGAACUCACAGACGACGCUAAAGAAAGAGUUCUUCAAGAGCACCAGCGGAACAUGCAUGCUUUGUCCAACCAGCUUCAGAAUAGCAAAAUGAGGCAACAAAAAAGCUUAGAGAUUAAACUGAACCAAAGACGAGCAAGACUGGAGGAGCUGCGUCAAAAACAGGAGGAAAUCAAGUUGACAAAACUGGUAUCCAGUCAGAAAGAGCAGGAGAAGCAGGAACAGCAGCUGGCGGCCCAGAUUGCGGCGGAGGAGGAGAAGUUGGAGCAUGCGAGACAGACGGCGCUGGCGGAACAGAGGAAACUGCUGGCUCUGGAGACCGAGGAGGCGCUCCGACUGCAGGACGUGGAGAUUGGCAAGCUCAUUGGGCGGCUACAGGUUGGUCAGGCCAGAAGAAAGGCGAUAUUACAAAAACAAGACAAGACACUGAAAGAGCUUCAGGACCAGCUGGAGAAGAAGAUGACGGAGGGCGUCAGUCUGCCCAAGAGCUACACGGACCAGCUUAUUCAGCAGCACUACAACCAGGUGACCAACCUCAGCGAGCAGAUCCAGAACAACCGCGAACGCCAGGAGCGCGUCCUCGCAGACAAGAUACAGGCCAAGAAGUUCAAGAGGGAAAGGGAAAUUGAACAUGUGAUCGAGGAAGAGGUGAAGGAGCAGUAUCAGAGUCAGGCACAGAGAGGAGCCGGGGUGGCCAGUCAGGUGUUGAUGCAGAGUCUGUUGGAGCAGCGUCACCGCCAGGCGAUGGUCAACCUCGACAAGGAGAUGAAGAUGGAGAUGGAGAAGUGUCGCGAAGAACUCAACCAACAGCUUGAGCUGGACCUCCAGAAAGCUCUAGAGGAAGAGAAACAAGAGCUGCUAACAAAGCUGGCAGCAUUGAGCAAUCUGUCCAAGGGAGAGCUGCAUGAAGCUGUGGAAUCGGCUGUCACAGAGACUGGAGGAGAUGAUAAAGCAGCUAAAAAGCUAGCCAAGGAUUUGCAGAUGGGGGUUAAACGAGCCAAAACAUCAAUAAGUGAAGAUUUGGAAUAUAAUGAUGAACCACUGGGUUUAAUGAGGGCUAGCACGAAUGUUGAUGGGACGAUAUCACUACAGACCGGCUAUGACGAUGACGACAAAAGACCAGUGAAGCAUGGCAAAAAGAAGAAAAAGAAACUGUUGAAAGUCAAGAAAGCAUUUGAUGAUGAACUUGUCAAUGAAGAUGAUGAUUUCUAAAGUGGAAUUACUAAAGAGUAUAUCCCCAGGCAUGUGUGCAGAAAAUUCACUUGGGUGGGUCGGUUAUCCUGUGUUCCAAGCAGAUUUUAUUCUUUUAAUAUAUUUUCUGUGGGAGCAUGACCCGGACCCCCCUAGAACCUUCACUCACCAACUCUACACAAUUUCCUGCACACAUGCC